AUCUGCUGCACAAUUCAACGGCCGUCAGUUUGUUAUCUACGGUGAUCCUGCGUAUCCGUUGAGGCCCUGGCUACAAGUGGGUUUCAAAGGGGCCCAAUUAACUCUGCGACAGCAGGAAUUCAACACACGGAUGAGCGCUGUCCGAACAUGUGUGGAGUGGGGAUUCGGAAAAAUCAUUCAACUGUGGGCCUUCGUCGACUUUGCAAAAAACCAGAACAUCUGGCUCCAGCCAGUGGGACGGUUCUAUCUUCUUGCCACUUUGUUUACAAAUAUUCAUACAUGUAUACAUGGGAGCCUUACCACCUCCACCUUUAACGUAGAGCCCCCAACCGUACAAAUGUAUUUACAGUCUACUUGAAUUUAUCUGCUAAAGUCAUCAUGAGCCGCAUCGUAGCGGCAUGUUCUGCCCUCCGGUCUGCCAUUUCCGCCCUGCAAUCUGCCAUUUCCGCCUCCAGCAGAUUGCGAGGCUUGCUCUCGGGGAGGUGGGCGACAACCUCCUUCAAAAGGGCAACGUCAUGGGCUGGAUGCAGGUGAGGUCCUUUCCUUCUCUUUGAGCGGUGUGGGGUCAGCAGGUGGAGCGGGAGGUGCAGAAGUGGCCUCCAUGGCGUGGGGUGUGGCCAUGA